CACGCGCUUACAUUUGAAACGGCAGCACCAGAUGCUGUUGAUUUUCUUUCCGUGAACUGACAUGAAUACGAUUUCUUUAAAACAAAAGUUUAAGUCUGUAAAACGUUGCUUUGUUAUAAGAAUAUCUUCACGGAAAGACAGCGUCGGGAUGCUAGACAAAGACGGUUAAGAGAAGCCAUUUACUGCCAGGCAAUGUAGAAAGUUUCCUUCCAUUCCCUUUGUGAGUGGUGUUAAUUUUGGGAAAAAAGAAACCAUGCCUUCUCCAGUGCCUCCCACCCGGUUUCUCCCCAAAGAUAUUUAUCCUUCCGUGGACAUCGGGACUUGUAGCAGCCCCUUAUCCAAACAUUCAUUUGGCUCCACUUUACAGGUCCCGACUCAGCGACUCCAAGGUAAAGUUACUAGCCGUCUGUGGUCCUCUGUAAUCUACUGGAAAGAGCUGCACUGUGUCCAGCCUAUUGGUUCCGGAGGCUUCGGUUCUGUCUACAAGGCAAAAUAUCUCGGGGAGACCGUCGCGUUGAAAAAAGUAAAGAAAUGCACCAAAAACAAACUGGCUUCCCGUCAAAGUUUUUGGGCAGAGCUGAAUGCUGCGCACCUUCGUCAUCGGAACGUAGUGCGUGUAAUUGCGGCUACUACUUGCAUGCCGACGGAUUUCGGCGACGAAAGCAGUAUCGGAACGAUCAUGAUGGAAUACGUCGGCAAGAGGAAUCUCCAUCAGAUUAUUUACGGCUGUGUGGAGGAGCCGCUGGCACCGGACAGGUGGAUCACAUGCUCAUUGGAUAUCGCUCACGGUUUACAGUUCCUUCACUCCCAUAUGAUCAUGCACCUGGACAUAAAACCAGCCAAUGUGUUAGUUUCCAGUGAAGAUGAGUGCAAGAUCGCAGACUUUGGCUGUUCUGUUCAACUGAAUACAAAACGUGAGGCUUCAGACGUGGUUCCGUUGAGUCACGCUGGUGGGACGUACACGCACCGAGCACCGGAGUUGCUCAAGGGUGAAGAGAUAUCUGAUAAAUCAGACAUUUUCUCCUUUGGGAUUACCAUGUGGCAGUUGAUGACAAGAGAGCAGCCCUACCUGGGGGACAGGCAGCAUGUGAUCUACGCGGUAGUUGCACAGAACCUUCGACCAAAGGUUGAGGACCAAGCCAUUUUCCAGUCAGAGCAAGGGAGAGACUGCAAGACUUUGUUGAGCAGAUGUUGGGCUGCAGACAGCCAGUGUAGAUUCAGUGCCCAAGAGCUCAUAACGCAACUGGAAAAUCUCCGUGCUAAAUUGUAGUUUAUAUUAUCAGAGGCAACUGUUGGCUGAAAAACAUGUCCAGUUAUUGUGAAGCCAUUUUCUUUCUCACCUUUUAUACCUAUACCUCAAUAUAGUUUGUAAACAUAUGUACAUUUUAGCCAUUUUUCUUAAUCUUUGAAUGUUUUGUGAGUGUAUUUGUUUGUAACAUGAGGUUUUACUGACAUACUUUAAUUAAAAUGGUUUCACAUA